AACGAGAUAUACCGUAGUCUGGAGUGAGUUGAUUUCUACAACCAUCGAUGCAAGCAAGAGUUCUAAUAUCUACACACUCCAGCUGUAACCUGCCAGGCAACUCGAGGUGAAUCGAGUACCUCACCCUGUUUGAUGUCAUCCUUGAAGCUUGAUGACCCAAGCCUACACGACCUCCGCUAUAACCAUGCCACGUAUACGCUACGUACAUCACUUGAGUACUUACUCAUCCAUCUUUUAGGUUUGCUAGGCGCGUCCACUUUCUUGAGGUUCGCAGCCCCACUCAGGGCCGGUAUAGUAGCAAUUAUUUCCCCUCCUCUCGGAGUUUUACCAUAUGGAUAUCUCAAGUUGAAAAGAUGAUGGCCUGUAGGCUGUCGGUGGCGCGGUACCAUCAUUAUGUGCCUGUGUUACUGUAAGUAACUAGGUAUCUAAGAUUUGUUGUGGCAAAGUUUUGGCGGAGGCCGCCGCAGCUAGCAUUUUGAAUGCAGCUGUGCAUGUGAUUCCUUCAGCAUCGAUAAUUAUACACCUCCAUGUUCAACACGGUUCUGCGGGCGCAGCUUUUCGGUUGACAGGGCUCCUCUUGAGAGAGGCCUCCUUGUAUGCAUGACUGUUUACGUGACCCGUAUUUGUUGCUGUAGCCGCAGUGCCGACGGAGUAUGAAGUAAUCAAUGUCAUAAUAACUGUACGUACAUAGCUAGCUGGCAAGAUAUUC